CUCCAACUCCUGAAUCUCGACCCGUGUGCUACCCUCUUUCAACCCCAAACCCGCACGUGACUGUCUGGAACGCGGGCGCACCGCGCAGUACCAGCAGCCUUUUUCUUCCACUGAACUCUCUCAACUUGCAACUGGGCCUCGGCCAUUACUCGCCGGCAACUCUACUGCGGAAAACUCGCCGGAAAAUCAACUAACCGAUUAAAAUACUCCACCCAACUGCAAUACAGGUCAGCCCCCUCUUGACGUUCCUUUUAUUAGUUUUUCACACUUUCUCAGUCAUUCACCCAAGCUGUGUAGCUAUCUAAUUGCACUCCAUUGAAAUGGUUUCUCAUAUCUGUUAUGCUGCUUUAUCUCUGGAUUAUAUUAAUGUCUAAUUAUUUCAUCACUUAGAAUUCUGUGCUCUAUCUCGAACUUUUUCGCUCUACUUGGAGGCUUCAUAUUGAGCUAUAGAAGUUGGGGAAUGGAUAUUGCGGUAAUAACUUUGGUUUUGAGCUUCUUAUUGGGUUUGUUGCUUGUCAUCCCUCGGCUGCGAAAAUGUGGUGAUCAAGGGAAACAGGUACAUUCAAAUGCCAAUUCCAAGGCUUAUAAGACAUACUCUAAAGCUGAAGUUUCAUUGCAUAACAAGCGGGCAGACUGUUGGAUCAUCAUUAAAGAUAAGGUUUAUGAUGUUACCUCGUAUGUAGAAGAACACCCCGGUGGUGAUGCCAUCCUCGCACAUGCAGGUGAUGACUCAACGGAAGGCUUCUAUGGGCCACAGCAUGCUACCCGAGUAUUCGACAUGAUGGAAGACUUUUACAUUGGAGAUCUGCAAAACUAACAUUUGUCUAACGAUAAACAAGUAAUCCUAGGCUUAUCUGCCCAUAUGAGGCAUUUUCUGGUUGUGAUAAUCUUCUUGCUUUCAUUAUGUUGUGCCUUCGCAUUGUUUCCCAUUUUUCUGCUGCUGCUAUCCAACUAAUGCCUUUCAAGAUCAUUUUAAGCAUGACUGGAUCUGUAUUAAUAAUUUCUCAAUAAUCAAGAUUCAAAAAGUAAUGCCGUAGCUUCA